UUAUCAAUCGAACAUACGGAAAUUCUAAACCAGUAAAGUGGAAGCCAACCGAAUACUACAUAAUGAAAGAGGGCGCACUCAGUGCGCACUGGUGCGCACUAGUGUAUCCAAUCGAAUUCGCCAUUAGUUUGUGUUCUCAAUUGAAGGCCGCCAUGUUAAGUAACAGACUCCGCGCAUGUGCGCAGCGAGUUAACCAUAUUGAAACAUGUAACUGCACAGCAUAGACAAGCUUACCUAUUUAUUAAAUCGCAGAGACGGUUUUGUAGUUUUGAUCUCACUAAGAUGAGACGUUGUUUUUUUUUGUAAAAAUACAAAACCUCAAGAAAAAAAACUUUACAAAAAAUUGGACACCAAUUAGUUCAACUGUUUUAUGCUCUAAUCACUUUACAGAAGAUUGUUUUGAUCAUUCAGGAUCUAAAGUACUGUUAAAACCAAAUAGUAUUCUAACACAGUUUGAUAAUCCUCAUUCUUAUUAUUUCCAUUGGAUAAAUCAGUUGUUUUUAAAAAAUGACUUGAUAACAUGGGAAUCAAGAAUUGGAUUCCAAAUAAUAAUAGCUUUUUAUGUUCAGAACAUUUUGAGCAAACAUGUUUACAAAAAAAAUCUAAUUGUUUAACUUUAAAAGAAGGAAGCAUUCCUACAAUUUUUAAAGUUGAGUACGUCAACAAUAUAAAAUCAGCUGUGUUGACAUCACUAGGAAAUAUUCCUCAGGUUUCUGAAAAAUUAAAUCAAAUCCGAACACAUCCAGGAGCUGUGUUGACAUCAAUAGAAAAUAUUCCUCAGGUUUCUUGCGAAGAAUUAAAUCAUAUCCGAACACAUCCAAAAGAUCGAAGUAGUAGUGAUAUUUUGAAUGAGAAUAAGUUUCUUUCUGAUGAAUCAUUAAUAAUCAGUGAUGAAACUAAUGAUAAAAAUGACAAAUUACCUAAUAAUACUAGAAUCAUAAGUGUAAUAAAUCAUGAUCAUCGUUAUAAUGCUUCUCUAUCAACACUGCGCACAAAAUUGACCAAAUGUCGAGAAAAAUUGAAGAAGAAAGAAUAUAUAAAUAAAUGUAAAAACCAACAACUGAAACGUCUUCAAACACGCAUAACAGGCUUAAAAAAAGCAAUAAUAAAAUUACGACGUCAGCGCAUAUUAUCAGAAAAUUUUUUGAGCUGUCUUGAUUCAUUAUCAGAUCAAGGUGUAAAAAAAUUUAUAAAGAAUUUAUUUAGGCGUGCAAUCAAUUGCAAUAAAGGUCUUUUGCCAAUUGAACCUCAGUUUGGUGCAAUGCUCUGUUCAAAAGUAUUAAGAGAAUUAUUGUCGAAUUCGAGAACAAUUUAUGAUAUAUUUCCGGAUUUAAAUAAUCAUAUAUUUGAUGAUACUGUAGAAGAACUUUCUAAUCAUGUAUAUACAUUGGCUAAAUCUGUUAUUAUAGAAUAUAUUGAAGUACGCAUGUUUUCAUAUUCAAAAAUAUNUAGUCUUCGUCAAACCGGCCUUAAUCUGAGACACUACAUGAAUCAGCAGUUAGUAUGGAUGCAUCAAUAAAUAACAGAUUUGCCAAUGUUUAUGAAUGGCAGGAAGUACCAAAAAUAUGUAUGUUUCUUUUUCAUUUGGUUUUUUCUUUUUCAUUUGGUAAAGGAUGUAACAAAUAAAUUCUCUUGUUAUAUGUAUGCUCGUAAUAAAUGCUUGGGUAAAUAUAUAGAAAAGGUCACCUCCCUCCGAUUUCAAUGAGCUUGACAUAUGUUGUCAAGGACACCUU